GGAUGAUGAUGAUGCGAAUGGCAGCGGCGGCGAGCCGGGCGACGGCGGCGGGUCAGACCGCUGUGCGCUCGGCUGCCAUGGUGGGUUCGUUUGCGCGUAUGAGCACCAUGCCGCAAAUGACCCUGGCAAUGGCGGAAAGCUUUGCUGAGGAACAUCAGCGCUUCUUGAGCAACCCAAACAUGGUCUACAGCCAGCAGCUCAAUGCCAUCAAGACGCAAAUGGCAAGUCAGCCCACGAAUGAAAAGUGGCAGGCCGCCGUGCAGGUCUACCUUGGAUGCCAGGUCAAUUGCAUGAUCAACUACGGGUUCCGCCCUGAUGAGCAAGGUCUGCAGAACUUUACGGAGCAGUUCCAGCGCUUGCGCCAGAGCCAGGGUGCCGGUAGCUCCCUUUCGGCAGCCGUGCGCGAAACCUGGCAUACCUUGCUUCAGGAGGCCUUUGACGUUGACACGGCUCAGCUCCCCUCUUUCACGGUUGAGCAAGCCCGUGACAUUACCCGCGCCAUUGGCCAAAAGCUGCAGAGCGACGCGUGCCACCAAGCCAUUGACCGCGCCGUCGCCGACUUGAGCAGCAGCGCCACUGACCAGGACCGUCAGCGCGCUCUCCUGGGUGUCAUCACCCCUAUCCAGAUGGAGGUGGCUUCAUCUUUUGGUCUUGAGGGCGAGCAAGGCUAUGUCAAGAUGCAAGCCUUGUUGAUGGUGCACAGCGACGAUAGCACUGUACAGUACAAUACCAUGGCCGCCACCAUGCCCCUCUUUACGCGCGCGGGCAUCAACGUUGGUGGUGCUCCCACGGCUUGAAGCCGAUUCAUACCAACCUGAGAAUCAAAAGGUCCUACUAC